GUUUUCACUCAAAGUUUGUUUGAGUCUUAAAUAUGUAUAGAAGAUGUCAUUUGUUGAGACAAUUGGUGGUCACACACCGACAUCACCUCCAGGUCUGUCCACUCGUGAGCCAUCUGUCCACCAGGUUAUCUUCGGCGACCGCUUCAUCGACAGCGGCGACUCAGAUCAAGACAAUCGAUUCCCGGUUCCCGAAAAGUGGUCCCGAUUUGCAACACUUUAUAAGACAAUCACAAGAAUCGGAUCCAAUUAGAUCCGAACCCUUUGUGGUGUCCAGAAGUUCGCCCAUACCUUACAUCGAUGAGCAUGUGUUGGAUGGACAGGGAGCUAAAGUAUUCAUCCGAACCUAUGGCUGUCAGAUGAAUGUAAACGACACCCAAAUCGCGACAACGAUUCUCAAGAACUCCGGAUAUGAUAUCGUCGACGACAUCAACAAAGCAUCGAUAGUAAUGCUGAUGACGUGUGCCAUCCGUGAGAACGCAGAGUCCAAAGUGUGGGCUAAACUCAAAGAGUUAUCGCAACUGAAGAGCUCGGGUCGGAUCAGACAAAUCGGACUCUUGGGAUGUGUUGCCGAACGCCUCAAGUCAUCAGUGCUUCAGAAGCAGCCGUCGAUUGACGUGAUCGCCGGUCCCGACAGUUAUCGCGAUUUACCCAAACUCUUAGCCAUCAACAGAUCCAGUGCUCAGAACGCCGUCAAUGUCUUACUCUCGUUAGACGAGACCUAUUCAGACAUUCAGCCGUCGGUCCAGAGGUCGGCGGUCACGGCCUUCGUGUCUAUUAUGAGGGGCUGUGACAACAUGUGCUCCUAUUGUAUCGUUCCCUUCACGAGGGGUCGCGAGAGGUCACGAUCUCUCGAGUCGAUUGUGUCAGAAGUGAAACAACUGUCCGAAUUGGGGGUCAAAGAAGUGACACUUUUGGGUCAAAACGUCAACAGUUAUCGCGAUAAGAGUGCGGAAUCCACUUCCAGUGACACCACUGGCACCGGUAUCUCAUUAGUGCCCGGCUUUAAGACUAUAUAUAAGCGCCGUUCGGGUGGCCUUACCUUCGAUGUACUGCUGGACGCCGUGGCCAGCGUUGACCCCAACCUCCGGAUCCGUUUCACUUCACCGCAUCCUAAAGACUUCGAUGAAAGGGCCCUCCGAGUCAUCCAAAAGCACCCGAAUAUAGCCAACUGUAUUCACCUACCCGUCCAGUCGGGCAGUAAUAGUGUGUUGACCCGUAUGCGGAGGGGCUAUACUCGGGAGGCCUACCUAUCACUGGUGGAUAGGAUCCGGGAUAUCAUACCUAACUGUGCACUCAGUAGUGAUUUUAUUUGUGGGUUUUGUGGGGAAACGGAUGAUGAACACCAGGAAACGGUAGAUAUAGUACGACGGGUGGGCUAUCAGAGCGCCUACACCUUCGCCUACAGUAUGAGAGCAAAGACUCACGCCUUCCAUACCCUCACCGAUGAUGUGCCGCAAGAAGUGAAGGUUCAGAGACUCAAUGAAUUGAAUGCUUUGUAUCGAGAAAUAGCUUUCGAUAUGAAUAGGCGUUCCGUUGGGGAACGACAGCUCAUUCUAGUGGAGGACGUGUCCAAGAAGUCGGAUGAAGAAUACUAUGGCAGGAAUGAGGCGAACCUGAAGGUGAUUGUGCCUAAAGUGGACAUUCCUGUUGGUGAUAGUGGGGUAAUGAAGUCAAUAGCACCGGGAGAUUAUGUUUUAGCCGAGAUAACAGACUGUUCGUCCAUUACUCUAAUGGGUAGACCUGUUUGUCACCAAAUGUUAGCUAAUUAUCAUUGA